AUAGGGCACAACCUGCAAGUCUGUUUUUUCUUUCACUGAACUUAGUGGAACUAUGUGUCAAUGAGAGUCAAAGGCCUCCACGGACGCUUUAUCUGUUGCACAACCUGUAGCAAAGUAGUAGCUCUUUAAUACAUCCGUGAAAGUAGUUAGCCAAGCUAACAUUAGCAAGUGAACGCCGCCUCCUCCGACACGGCAUGCACACAAUCCACAGUGAAUGUCCCACGCGGUAAAGGCUCUAACUUCACCCAGUGAAACCACAGGCUGUAGUGAUGUCGGAGCCUAAGCCCCCAACUCCAACCCCUGGAGACAACUACAAGGGAUGGCUCUUCAAAUGGACUAACUACAUUAAAGGUUACCAGAGACGCUGGUUUGUCCUGAGCAAUGGACUGCUGUCUUACUAUAGGUCCCAGGCAGAAAUGGGUCACACAUGUCGAGGCACUAUCAAUUUGGCAACAGCCAAUAUUGCUGUUGAGGACUCGUGUAAUUUUGUCAUUUCAAACGGAGGAGCCCAAACCUAUCAUUUGAAGGCCAACUCUGAAAUUGAGCGCCAGCGAUGGAUCACUGCCCUGGAGCUUGCCAAGGCAAAGGCUGUCCGCAUGCAGGCUGAAUCAGAUGAUUCAGGUGAUGAUUGUCCAGCAGUUCCCCCAUCCUCAGGACAGGGUGGAGGCCGUAACUCAGAGGUCCAGUCCACACUACGCACACUCAACAGCAAGGUGGAGGACCUCAACACCUGUAAUGAUCUCAUUGUAAAGCAUGGGUCUGCCCUCCAAAGGUCUUUGUCGGAACUGGAGGCGAUUCGUGUCGGAGGGGAAUUUGGGGAAAAGAUAAGACAAGUUACAGAAAGAGCCACGCUGUUCAGAAUCACAUCUAAUGCCAUGAUUAAUGCAUGUAGAGAUUUCCUCUCUCUGGCCCAGAGCCACAGUAAGCGCUGGCAGAAGGCCUUACAGGUUGAAAGAGACCAGAGGAUACGUUUAGAGGAGACUCUGGAGCAGCUGGCCAAACAGCACAACCACUUGGAGAGAGCCUUCAGAGGAGCUACUGUUCUCCCCUCGUCAUUCAGCAAUUCCGCCUUAGGUAACAAAGGUGGUUCAGGAAAAGGGGAUGCCAGCGAUGAAGAUGAUGAUAAUGAAUUCUUUGAUGCUAUGGAAGACCCUGCAGAGUUUAUAACUGUCCCUGCUGAUCCCAAGUAUCACAGGAGAUCUGGCAGCAACGCUAGUGGGCUCAGCAAUGAGACUGGAAUGGAUGAUCAGUCUGUAAAUUUUGAUGAGCUGUCAUUGGCAUCCAAUCCAGAGUCUCCUCAGCCCCUGGAGCUAGAGCCAGUUAGACAAAGAAGGACUCGUAUCCCGGACAAGCCCAACUAUUACCUCAAUCUGUGGAGCAUCAUGAAGAACUGUAUUGGAAAGGAGCUCUCAAAGAUACCAAUGCCUGUGAACUUCAAUGAGCCCCUCUCGAUGCUGCAACGUCUGUCUGAAGACCUGGAAUACUUUGAGCUGCUUGAUAAGGCUGCUAAAUGCCAGAGCUCUCUGGAGCAGAUGUGUUAUGUUGCUGCUUUCACAGUCUCUUCCUACUCCACAACUGUCCAUCGCACGGGAAAACCCUUCAAUCCUCUGCUUGGAGAAACAUUUGAGCUUGAUCGGCUAAAAGAAUGCGGCUACCGCUCCCUCUGUGAACAGGUGAGCCACCAUCCACCUGCUGCUGCUCACCACGCUUUCUCUGAAAAGGGCUGGAGCCUAAGACAAGAAAUAACUCUGGCCAGCAAGUUCAGAGGGAAAUAUCUCUCCAUCAUGCCUUUGGGCUCUAUCCAGUGUCUAUUUGAAAAGAGCAACAACCACUACUCUUGGAAGAAAGUGACGACAACAAUACACAACAUAAUUGUUGGUAAACUAUGGAUUGACCAGUCAGGUGAGAUAGACGUGGUGAACCACAAGACAGGAGAUCGCUGCCACCUAAAGUUUACUCCCUACAGUUACUUCUCCAGAGAUGUACCAAGAAAGGUAACUGGAGUUGUCACAGACAAGGACGGGAAGGCCCACUACGUGCUAUCAGGAACCUGGGAUGAAAAGAUGGAGUUUUCCAGAAUAAUGCAGAGCAGUAAAGGCGAGAACGGCACUGAAGGCAAACAGAGGACUGUGUAUCAGACCCUCAAAGCCAAAGAAAUCUGGACGAAAAAUCCUUUACCAGAGGGAGCAGAGAACAUGUACUUCUUCUCCUCAUUGGCCUUGACGCUUAACGAAGCCGAAGAAGGAGUGGCGCCAACAGACAGCCGCAGACGCCCUGACCAACGUUUAAUGGAGGACGGCCGCUGGGAUGAAGCUAAUGCAGAGAAGCAGAGGCUGGAGGAGAAACAGCGCAUCACUCGACGAGAGAGGGAGAGGGAGGCGGUGAAAGCAGUCAGCUCGCCUGAGGAAGCUGUCAAUGAGGAUUCACUCAAUGAUUCACCCUUGAAAACUGAUGCAGUGGAGACUGCCACAGAAGCUAAUGAGGUUUCAGAAGAAACUGACACAGAGGACUCUCCCCCUCACACACCUGUUGCAUCCCCUUAUGGACCAUCUGCUCCCACAUAUACAAGCGUCCAUCAAGACAACCACCAAGCACUGUGGUUCGAGAAGUUGGACGACCCCGCGUCAGGGGAGACUCUGCAUGUCUACAAGGGUGGAUACUGGGAGGCAAAGGACCAAGGAACCUGGGACAUAUGCCCGGACAUCUUCUGAUCCCAGCUGAGUCGGCGUGUGGCACACAAAUGAGAGGAUGGACAGAGGUGACACACUUCAGCUAAAGUGGGGAAUAAAGCCAGACUUUAUUCCAUCUUCAUUGUCCUCAGCUUCAACAAAAUCUUCCUUCUAAACUUCUCUUUCCAGCAGUGAGUUGCUCAGGAUUAAGGGCAUCUGGACUUCACCCUUAAUGUAGAUACAAUGCACAGUGUAGCACUGUUCUAACAUUGCAGCUGUUCAGACUGUCCUCUUACUGCCUCUCAACCAUAUGUGUUUAUCUUUGUGUGUGCGUGAUGCUCUUACUUAGUUCAGCUCUUGGUCAUACUCUUGAUGUGCAGAUGGCAGCCGAGUAUUCUGGUCACACCAUGAUGCGUUUUUGUCUAAUGCACUCUCAUAAAAGGCAUUUUUGUUUAGGGUAUAAUUCAUCCACAAAAUUUAAGUAUGACAUUUGUGUGCUAUUUUUUAUUUGCAUUCCUAAUUCUGAUUAUAAGUGCUUCUUCAGCAUAGCACUGCUGUAAGUCAGAGUUAAUCACACCCAUCACUCUUAAUAGUAUAAUAGGUAAUAUUCAAUAUUCCAGCAUCAAACCAAAUCAUAUGCCUACAUGCAUUUAGGCUUUAUUGACACAGGAAAGAGACUGCUUCUAACAGGGAAACAUUGCAUAUAUUCAACCUUACCUCUAUCCGUACAAAGUGUCUCUUUUACAAACAGUAAAAACAGCAACCCAAAAUCCACAUACAUGAUGUUAUUGAUGAGAAAACACUGUACUGUGUUUCAGCUGACCUGAUUAUUCAGGUGCAAUUAUUUAAGCCAGGGCAUACGACUAUGGAAACCCCUGCAGCUGCUCUUGUAUGCUGAGUCAUGGAACAUUUAUGCACUGCCAGCAAAGCUACGUGAGCAGGAGAAAUAUGCUUUUUUGGUCAUUAUAACUCACAGUGAAGAUUUAACUGCUUUCAGUUUGCAGUGCUACUCCUUUCUGAACUGUGCAACGAACUCAGAACGUAUUACAGCAUCUUGAUAUAAGCUACUCCUUUUUUCAAGAUAUUUUCCCAAACCCAAUGUAAGAUUAUGUUCGUGGUGAGGCAAUGUAACUACCUGUAGGUCUUAAAUGAAUCCAAACUUUGUUCAUCUUUCUUUUUCUGCUGAUCAUUUUUUCAUUUCUAUUAAUUUAUAGAAAGAAUGACUCUCUGUGUGUAGCCCGCUUUAUUAAGUAUGAUACCAUAAUGAAUACUGUAUUGAAUAGUGGUACCAAACAAAUGUGUUUGUAUCAGUACUAAUGAAAGUAUGAAAUUACCAACAGCACUACUACCAACGAUGUAGGACAGACACAGAAGUCUGUGUUUUUUAUUUGUUUUGCUAUUUUGUUCUUUGGAAAUUCAUUUUCAAGUGAUCCACUUCUGUUAGAUUGUAUAGUGUAUCUAUGCUGAACUUGUAAAGUCUAUUGUUUUAUUGGUAUCGGCAAUGUAACAUUCACAUGAAGGGGCCACGCUCAAGCUACAGAUGGGUGUUAAGUUGCUCUUCAAAGAGUAGAUGGAGUGAGAGCCUUUCAAAAUAAAAUAACAAACUGAAAUCUUUUAAUUGACAAUGAAACAUUUCAAGAAGCCUAUUUCAUUAUCCAUAUUUUGCACAAAUUGAGGCUUGUAUUUUCAUACCGUACGUUUUUGGUAUUUCUAAUACCUAAAUCCACCAUUUCAAUUCAAAUUGAAAAGUAAGGAGAAUGUUGAGGCUGCAGAGCUGUACACUGACUCCUACUGGCUCGAUGAUUGGUGAGGAGAAGGGAAAUGUGAGGCAGGAGAAUGUUUUUGUCUUCCUGUUUUCCUUCAAACGUCUUGAUCAUAGCUUUAACCCCAAUCUAAAUCAUUUUAUACAGCAAUAAGAGUGCCUCAGUGCAGACACAUGUGGCACAAAUAAAUUGUUAGGACAUUGUGAAGAAAGAGCACUUAAACUGCAAAAACUCAAUGUUGUCAUUGUGUUUGACUUUAUUAUUAAAUGUCAUAUGUGAGUGGAAGGAUUGUGUGUUUUAUGGUGAUGUAAAAUUUAAUUUUAUAUUCAAGUGUACUUAAAAGGAGAACACUGAAAAUGAAGAUCACAAAACAUAAUGUUGCAAAUAUUUCUGUGUGAAUAUAUAUAAGAUAGUAAUGUAAUUGUGAUAUUAACUUGUUAUAUUGAUAGAGAAUCUAACGGCAGUGAUGCACUUUUGAUUAUUUUCCGUUCACUCUGUACUUGAUGCAUUUCCAUUGUGUGAGAUGAGUGUACCAUAUUACCCAGUCCUCCUCUGAGCUGAAGUAGAUUUAUUUCAAAGAAUAAUGAUUAUUUUUGGUGUGAACCAUUCCUUACUGUGAUUUCCUGUUGUUUCACGCAUCUUGUCAAGUCAUGAUGAAGAGUGUGUUUGUGUGAAGAAUGUAAAGUUUGAUGCACAUUACAUCUAUCUUAAGAGUUUACAGCUUUCUAACUGUCCUUUCUAACAUAUAAUCUUGGUUCCUGAUAGUUUUUUUCUUGUAAUUCAUUACUCAAUCCUUGUGGGGGGUUUUCUUAACUUUCUACCUUUUUUCAUUCCUUGUAUUGAUUCCUUUGUUGCAGAGAUUGUCACAACACACAUCCCCACAACUUCCUACAAUUCCUAGAAAUUGACUGAAGGUGUUUUUGCACUCACAAACAUCUGUUAUUUAUCACACCCCAUGUGAUUUGACUGAUACAGUCCACUUUUGUGUUGGAUAAUGAAGAGUUUGUGAGAUUUUGUGAAUUUAUUUCAAUAACCUUUCUUAAUCCAUGUGCAGUAAUCGCAAACAUAUGUCCAUUAGUUGAAGUGUGAAUUGAAUCAUUGUUCUGAGUGUACCUUUUCACCCGCUCCUUCCAUCAAUGCUGUUUUUUUUAGCAGGAUUGUGUUAGAGGAUAACAAUAUUAAAAGUUUGAGUGGAGUUGAAGUACUACUCUC